AUGAAACCAAUAGCGCAAUUAUUGAGGUCCAAAGGAUUUGAAUCUGUCUUCUAUCUAGACGCCAUUUUGGUAUUUGGAGAGUCAGCACAAGAAUGCCGAAAAAAUAUUCAAGAGACUCGGAAGUUAAUUGAAAAAGCCGGACUAAUAUUAAACAUGGAAAAAUGUGUCCUUGAACCAUCGAAAGAAGUGAAAUUUUUGGGUUUCCUUUUUGAUUCGGAAAAAUUCUGUCUUAGAUUACCACAAAGCAACAGAAAUCAAAUAUACGAUCUCGCGAGAAAGUUUCAGACCAUCAGUCAUUGUCAAAUCAGGAAAUUUUCCGAAUUUAUUAGAAUUUUAGUAGCUGCCAGUCUCGGGGUUCGAUAUGAGAAUUUAUACAUUAAGAAUUUUGAAAGAGAAAAAUUUUUAGCUUUGCAAAAAACAAAUGGAAAUUACGAUAAAACCAUGGAAAUAUCGGACAAUCUAAUCCCAGACUUAGAGCGGUGGACAAGAAAUAUAAAAGAGUGCGUCAACCCGAUAAGAGAGGACCAUUUUGAGAUGGAAAUCUUCAGCGAUGCCUCGUUAACAGGCUGGGGAGUAGCGUGCGAGGGAAAUCGGUCACAUGGGUUUUGGAACAUGGAAGAGCGAAAAGAACAUAUUAAUUAUCUCGAAUUAAAAGCGGUAUUUUACGGACUCAAAUGCUUUGCCAAGGAUAAACAUUCGUGUGAAAUAUUGCUUCGUGUCGAUAAUACGACGGCGUUAUCGUACAUAAACCGUAUGGGUAGCAUUCAGUUUCCAAAGUUGUCAAAUUUGUCAAAGGAAAUCUGGCAAUGGUGCGAGAUUCGCGACUUGUGGAUUUUCGCUUCGUACAUUAUUUCUCGCGACAAUAAAGGCGCAGACGAGGAAUCGAGAGUCAAACAAAACGAAACCGAAUGGGAAUUAGCUAGCUGGGCAUAUAAUCAAGUAGAUACAACCUUCGGGAAAUUCGACAUAGAUUUGUUCGCAUCGAACGUAAAUGCAAAGUGCAGAAAAUUCGUCUCAUGGCACAGAGACCCAGAGGCGUGCGCGGUAGAUGCUUUUCCCAUACCGUGGACAAAUUUAUAUUUCUACGCUUUUCCACCAUUCGCUGUCAUCCUCAGAACAAUUAGAAAAAUAAUUGCUGCGAAAGCAAACGGGGUGUUGGUUGUGCCUUUCUGGCCAACACAGUCGUGGUACCCCCUGUUUCAGAAAUUGUUUGUGAGCCAACCGAUCCUUUUUCAUCCAGAAAAUGAUUUGUUAAUUGAUAAUUGCAGGCAAUUCCAUCCGUUGCGAACCUCGCUUUUCCUGGUUGUCGGGAAGUUAUCGGGCAAGCGUUUGUCAUGA